CCAUUAGCCAGCCCCAACUCUCCCUAAUCCAUUACCCGGCCCGUACCAACUACCAAUACCCAAACAAAUAGAUACACUUCUAAUGCCUUGUGAAGCGUGGUUGUUAGCCAAGCAUCUUCAGUGCUGAUAACUUGCUGAUCUACCACCUCUUUCUGCCUUUCCGCCAAUUAUCUUUUAUCCAAAAUCAACCUAUCACCCUUUCUUGCCCAAUCCACACACAGAACCACCCAUCAUCAUUUUCCCGCUACUAUAAGAUCUCACCUUAUGCCGCUAUUCUAAUCCUCUCCAAUCUGAUUCCAACGCUAGUGUGCUACUGAUAGACCUCCCAUACGCUUCACGUAUACAAGAAGAGGAAAGAAUAAGUAAGGCAGCCAAGUCAGUCGACAUUCCAGAAUAUUCGACCAAUUAUGUAGUAAAGCGGUAAAAAAGUAAUAGUGAUAAGGAAAAAUGUCUAUAAAAUGUGAAAGAGAGAGAAAGAGGAAGUCAGGUAAUUAUUGAGUGAGUAUAAGGGAAACCUUUAGGAAAGUUAUAUCCCUCUCGAAUGGCUAAUUGUUCUUUACUUUCUUUGUAAUUUUUCUGUAAUUCAAUCAAAGUUCAUUUCAUUAUUUCUUGUCAUUAUUUUUUGUACUGUUGGAAUCCUAUUAAAUGGUAUCAGAGCCAUCGAUUCUCGAACGAAUGGAAACUAGUUUCAGCAGCAAAUUGGAAGAGGGGGUUUGCUGCUGAAUCGGUUUGAGAAUGUGAUAAGGCAACAGUACGAAGGAGGCCGAGAUGAUGAUUCAGGGCUGGAUGCUCACGGUCGACUCAUAAUUUCCAUAUUCUACGGUGAUAAUAUGGAGUGGUGGGUGUUGGAGGCAGAGAAGAUUUUCUCCAGAAAUCAAUUAGCAGAGCCAUAGAAGAUAGAGGCUGCAACAAUUUGUUUUCGCGGCGAAGCAUGGGAUUGGUUUCAAUGGAUAGAUCGACUACGACCGGUGCGAACUUGGGAUGAAUUAAAGGGAUUGAUGUUGGCUCGAUUUCACGUGAACAAGCUCUCCAGUGGUGAAGAAUUGUUGACGGAAAAUCGCAAGCACCACUGGGAGAAAAAAAUUGAUGGGAUUCAGUUGGAUGUGCAGGAGGAUCUGAAAACACUAAAAUCUAAAAUUAAGUAGGUAAUGUGUAAGCUUGACUUGAUGAUGGAAAAAAUGGGACAAGCCGGGGAAGAAAAGGGUCAGGCGGCUACUCUACCUGAGUUGGAUGAAAUUUGGACAAUUACACUUCAAUCGGAUGAAGGUGGGGCAAUUAUUGACAGCCAUAACAGCGUAGAAGAAUCGGGUAAGGUAGUGGCACGCAAUUGUGGACUAAAAAUGCUGGUUUCGAAAGGAAUUGCAACUCCAUUGUCGGCAAUUUUUGAAGCGAUGGAUGGCGAUUGUAGUACUGGGCUGAGAUCAGUUAAAGUCAGGGAGCCUGGCUUAGGCUUCAUUGGGGAGUUAGUCCAACACGUGGAAGAUAAGAAUGAAUUGGUAAAGCAGGCCCAAAUGAGUUACAGCCCAAAUAGAAAUAAAAAUAAUUCCAGCAGCCCAAACUUUUUUAAAGGCCCAUCCCUAUACCUAUAUACUCACCCAAACAUCUCAACCCACUCAAUACAAAUCAUCCACCCAAAAACUAAUGUUGUUACGGUGCUUCAACCAUCGGCAAUGCCAAGUGAAUUUCCUGUGGUAGGUUCAACUGGUCAUGGAGUUUCCUUGGAUAUGAUACUUGCGAUAAUUGCUUGCUUGAUUAAGUCAUCCCACUUCAAGGAGUUGAAAUGUCCUGUGUUUGCAAAACAAAUGGUUUGGUUGCAUGAUGAAUUGACAAAGACAUCAACAACUUCCACCUUGAGGACGAGGUGGAUUUUGGGUCGGCGGGUAAUGAUAGACCUCCCUACACUUCACGUAUACAAGAAGAGGAAAGAAUGAAGUAAGGCAGCCAAGUCAGUCGACAUUCCAAAAUAUUCGACCAAGUAUGUAGUAAAGGGGUAAAAGAGUAAUAGUGAUGGGGAAAAAUGUCUAAAAUGUGAUAGAGAGAAAAAGGAAAUCAGGCAAUUAUUGAGUGAGUAGAAGGGAAACCUUUAGGGGAGUUAUAGCCCUCUCGAAUGGCUAAUUUUUCUUUACUUUCUUUGUAAUUUUUCUGUAAUUCAAUCAAAGUUCAUUUCACUCUUUCCUAUCAUUAUUUUCUGUACAGCUGGAAUCCUAUCAGCUACCACUUUCAUCCCUAUUUCACUUUCAUCUAAAGUUCUUGUACAGUUGUAUCGUUGCAAUCAAUAAGCAAAGAUCGCGCUGUUUACUCCACCAGACAACUCGCCAAGACCACGCUAUCGGCUUCUCCAACGAAUCUUCAACUCAAGCAGCCGACCUACUGCUAUAUUCUACCAGUGAUCCCACCAACAUCUCUUCCACCAUCAUCCACUAGUUUUAUCUCAUCGUCGCCUCCAUUCAUGUCGAAGUUCCAUCUCGUUGAUGCAUCUCUUCUGGUUCAUUGCUGUGUUGAUGACACUAUUGGAGUUCUUGCUUCCUGUUUACACUGAACUUGGAAAGCAAUUCAUAAAUUAUCACACCUGGCAUUGCAUAUAAUUGGAAUCGUAUAUGCACCACUUGCAUCUUGCUGGAGUCUCGUAAGGUAUCUCGAUUUUGUAAUUUUUGAAAGCUGUAAUUUUUAUUUAGGUGUUUAUGGCAUGUCCAACCUAAUAUUUAACAAAAAAAUUGAAAUAAUAUAACUAAAAGUUAGGUAAUAUAGUAUACGAUCCGUUUCAUGACUUUUACACCUCUGCACGACCUUAUGUUGCUACCACGAUCAUGUACCUUCCCUUUUCCACUCAUCAGCAUAAUUAUCAUCCAUCUAUGAACUUUGUCGGAGACGUAUAUUCUCCUUUUAGGGGGAAAUAUAUGGAAAUAACCUUUUCAAAAGGUUUACUUUUCCAAAAUGACCCUUAGGCAAUUUACAUACCAAAAAUACCCUCCAUUUGG